UGAAAUAUAGCUAGUGACGCAUGAUGUCCAAUUUAGUGGACAGAUGAUUAAUCAAAAUGUCCUCCCAAUCUAAAAUUAAUACUUGGAGAAUUUAAUAAUGAUAUGACUCCUUACAUGUUACUUGAUGCUACAAGUAAUCUGAUUAUUUAAUGCACAUUACAUGUAAUGCGCUACUUUACUCGUUACAUCAAAAAAUAAUCUGAUUACGUAAUGCACGUUACCUGUAAUGUGAUACAAUAUUAAAUUUAAUGUAAAUGUACAUCAAAACAGAGUACUUUGCAAUGAACAUUAACAUGGUAUUAUAUGCAUGUUACUACAGGCCAGUCUUAAAAUGCAACACUCUUAUGUAAAACUCAGCCAGCCACUUUGGAGUGGAUCUAAAAUUGAAUAUGAAUAAUGUAGGCCAACUAUAUAACUAUAAUAAAAUAAUCACACUUAUUAUAUUAUUAAUGGUUUUAAAAAGUAGAAUAUCAUUUAUGUAGUUUUUCCUAAUUCAUAGAAAAUUACAAAGAGACAAAGAGAAAUAAUUAAAUUGCUUAAAAUAUUAAUUUGGAAGUUUUAUGAUAAAUCUUAGUAAAAACAUCAGUCACUUUUACUGAUACUAUCAUCGAAAUAAUAAUAAAUAAUAAUAAUAAUAAUAAUAUGUGGCGUUGUAGCUUUUGCGUUUCUUUUUAUUCUCUAACCUGUAGCACGAGGAUCGAUGCAUUCGAUACUCCCUCCCAAUCAUGGAUUUGAGAGGCAGUUUUUCGGUUAUAGGUUAUUCGGGCCUGUAUCCCGGCAUGGGCCCGGAAGUUGUUUGGGGUUUCAGGUAAAAGAUCCCGGAGAUGCUGCCUUCGCUAGAGAAAACAAACGGCGCUUCUGCUGUAUAAAUAUUGCAAUCACAGUCGAUCGUCAGGCAGCUGGUGUGAUGAUGAAUGCUGACGAUUGCAAUGGCCGUUCGUAUAUGUCAGGUAGCGGAGAUUCUUCAACAGAGCGGGAGUUUUUUGCAGGGCUGAGAGGACCGUCGGUGAGCACACCAAACAGUCAACAGUCCUCACCCAGCCGCUCACUCAGUGCUAACUCCAUCAAGGUGGAGCUCUACAGUGACGAGGAGGCAGGUGGUGCUCCACUGGCGGAAAGGAGAGUCGGGGAGAAGAAUGAAGGAUGGAAAGAUGAAAAGGGCGAGUUGGCAGAAGAUGGUGGAGUGGAGAUGGUCGGAGGUACACAAGGGCAGGCUGGGAGCGGCUGCGGAGAGAUGGCCAGCUCUGAGCCGGCAUCUCCUGGUCCCAUUCGGCUGCCCAAUGGGAAACUUAAAUGUGAUAUAUGUGGGAUGAUUUGCAUUGGACCCAAUGUUCUAAUGGUGCACAAACGCAGCCAUACAGUCUUGGUCUCGGUAGGUGAGCGGCCAUUCCAAUGUAACCAGUGUGGGGCCUCCUUCACUCAGAAGGGCAACUUGCUGCGUCAUAUCAAGCUCCACUCUGGAGAAAAGCCCUUCAAAUGUCCCUUUUGUAACUACGCUUGUCGCCGCCGUGACGCCCUGACAGGACACCUCCGCACCCACUCCGUGUCCUCCCCUACAGUAGGGAAGCCCUACAAGUGCAGUUACUGUGGCCGCAGCUACAAGCAGCAGAGCACCCUGGAGGAGCACCGUGAGCGCUGCCACAGCUACCUACAGAGUCUGGACCACCAGCCUGCUCAUAACACCCAGCCUGCACAUGUAAAUGCAGCCUUGGUGAGAGAUUUCUUCCAAAAACCGACCACAAAACUUUUGAACGGUGAAGAGUCCCAUAAUGUGGAGAUGAUGUCUGAACCCCUGAUCCAGUCCUCCUCAGAGAAGAUGUCCUUCAUUGAUCGGCUGGCCAAUAGCAUCACCAAGAGGAAGAGAUCUACACCCCAGAAGUUUCUUGGUGAAAAGCACAUGCGACUGAAUAUAUCCGAAGCACCUUAUGAACUCGACCCCAAUCCUGAUAAAGAAGGGGACAUGUUGCUCUCGCACCCCGAUGGUGACCCCGCUGCUUUAGCGGGCAUGGGAGGGCGUUUCCUGCGGGGGCCGAGAGGAGCCAGCAACGAUGUGGAUCCUUCCCGCUCCCUGCGGAUGCCCCCCCACUCCGCCUGCAUCUCAGAAUUCACCCCCGUCAUCAGCUCCGUCUACGCUCAUAUAACCCCUCUAGGGCAGCGUCUAAACUGUGCAGGGGGCAUCUCCAUGGGCCUGGCCGGGAGGGAGGCCGGCGAGGGUCACGAAGAUGCACCCUCCACCCGCAGCCGUGCCGCCUCGCCCAGCAACGGUUACCAAGAUUCAACAGACACUGAGAGCAUGGCGGAGGAGCAGUGCGUCAUCACCUCGGUGCCACCGGGAAACUUGAACCACCGCGGGCGCGAGCGGCACAGUCCUAGUCACGCCAAAGAAACGGACAUGGAGGGGGACAGGGAGAAAGGGAUCCCUGGGGGUUUACCGACCAAGGCGAGCCCGCGCUCACCGCUGACGAGGGAAACCAUGCAGGUGGUGGACGGGGAAGGGCGGCCGGUGCGCUCCUUCCGCUGCGAGCACUGUCGCAUUUUCUUCCUGGACCAUGUCAUGUUUACCAUCCACAUGGGCUGCCACGGCUUCCGCCAGCCCUUUGAGUGCAACAUCUGCGGCCACCGCAGCCAGGACCGCUACGAGUUCUCCUCGCACAUUGUCCGCGGGGAGCACCAGGUGGGCUGAGGUGGGCUUGGGGAUGGCGGAGGUCGAGACUGGGGGAAGAUGUACAGAGAGUUUGUAUGCUGCUUUGAGAUGGCGUCAUGGCGUCUAGUUCGGUCUGCACCAGAUUGGGGCACAUUAGCACUUGCUUUUAAAUUUAGCAGACAUCAGAUUUUCCGUCGAAGGCUAAUCGCUUAGGUACGAGCAUAAAACGUGCAAUUACAUCCCAUGUUAGAGGAUGUCAGGAGCAUUCACACAGGGGACAAGUCAUAUCCUCCGAUUGCACUCCCACACCAAGUCAUUCAUCGCAAGACGCAGCUGUUUUGCUUUAGAAGUGCCUUCCUUCGGUGGGGUUUAUUUUUAUCAGUUGGGAAGAGAAAUUCGAAAUGUGUGAUUAGGUCUAUACCCAUCUGUUUGGUGGCGUUUACAUAGAGUCUGCCUCUUGAGGAGAGAAAGACAUUGAAUUGCUCAGACGUCCAAAGUCUGGACUGUUUUAUCCAGAGUGGUUUUCCAAAGUUUCUGAGCCUGUUAAACAAGAAAUCUAUGCCUAGGAGUAUUCACACAAACUUUGUGCUCUUUUAGGAUACCUCGGUGGGACUGUUGAAAUUAGGCGACUCAGGGAGGACACUGCUGAGAGAGGGAAUGGAGAGCAAGCAGGGUGAAUUGCAAAACUGAGGCUGGAGUAUUGGUAUGUUAGCCAUAUAAGGAGCACAGACACAUAUUGCCUUAAUCGUUGCUUUAUAUGAACCCUGUACGAGCUAGUUUUUGAAUUGCACAUGGUUUUUAAUGCUGGACGAUUCCGUAGGUACAAUGCAGCUUGAAUUCGGGUAACUUCGAAACAAAGAUACGGCACUCUUGGGUCAAAUAGGAUUGGGGUUAGGCUAAGGCUCGGAUAAUUUUAUUUCUUUCUAAAAUGUAUGUUAAUGUUUUAUUUAAGAAAGGAAAUGAACUUGAAACAUUUGCCUUAGUUUUUGAAUCUACAACCUCUGUCCUGAAGAAGAAAAAAAAAAACGGUUGGUUUCCUUGUGCCUCAGAUCUUGAUUGUCGUUUCAAACUUUAUCUCGACCUCACCUAAGUGGCGAUAAAGAUUUUGCCUAUCAAAUCUAUUGAGGUUUUUUUAAAAUAGUUUUUGUAGUACAAAUUCCCGCCAUCCAUCCUCUGCCAUGCUGCGAACACAGUGAGCCACAUUAUGUUUUUUUAGAUGCGGUAAGACAUGGGGAGGGGGGGAAAGGAGCCUUAAUGUUCUGGUGCAGACCAAACACAGACCCAUGUUGCAUUCCGUGAAUUUGACGAGGAGUGAAGGGGAAGGGUUGUUACCUCAAAAGGAGGAUUGCACUUUUUCUAAUUCUGCUUAAAUGUGAGUGUUUUUGCUGGGGCUGUUGGGAGGGUUUCGGACAGGCGGGGCGGCACGGGGUGGGAGGGGGAUUUUAUUCAAAGGCUUUAGGGGAGCAGACACAGUAAUGACUGGUAACUGAGCUUUGAAACAUAUUCUUUUGUUUUCUGAAAUUGCUCUAUUGCACUGAUUUCUGAUAAAAAUGCUAUUUAGAGAAAACAAGAAACAAUUUGAUACAAGAACACAUUGGUUAUAAAGACCAGAUGAACAGUGUGGUGUUUUUAAAAACAAUUCUAUAAAGGCUAUUUUCCUAAUAAUAAAAGGGGUCGCAGUCAUUUAAGGAUUCAGAACUGAACAUUUUCUCCUUGUGUUGUAAAAUUUGGUGCUUGGAUGUUUGUGUGACUUCUGCCCUUGAUAUUGGACUUGUAUCCUGUACGCUUGUCCUGUGUGGUCAUGUCCCAUGUGAGUUCAUGCAUACGGUACUCUCGAUCCCCGCUGAGUACAAACUGCUGCUUGAUUUUGAAGGAAAGGACUGAAAUAUUGUUGUAGAGUUACGUACCGUCCUGCCAAGAUAUAUCGUGGCCUGUUUUAUCAGCAGAUCUCACUUGCACAAACUGAAAUGAAACUAAAGCACCAAUGAGAGAAGAAUUUUGAAGAAUCUCAAAGAGUUGUUUUGUUUGAUUGCUUGUACAUCUUUACGUGACGUGGGCUGUGGUUAAGGGUACUUGGAUGUUGUAGCAUGUGUGUAUCACUUGACAUUGGAGGUGGUCAGCUGUUUCCAAAACUUGCUUACGUGUAAUCCACUGACCCUACAUCUUUUCGGUUACUUUUACAACAUUUGUAGGCCUCUUAAUACGUAUGCUUGGAUUCACUCCAGUGCAAGCCUACGGAGUACAGUAUGAAUGGAUCGAAGAAGUAAGACCAAAUCCAGUAUUUACAAAGGUUAGUCAGUGACUUUGCACCCUUCAUAGACUUUUAAUCUUUUUUUUUUUUUCUGCAGACAUAAAUUUAUUUACUUGAAAUUAUGGCACAAACCAUAUAUGACACUUAAUGCACUUAUCGGUCAAAAAGAAAUUAUGUAAUGAAUUCUAUCGAGUGUGUGAAUGGGAGAGUUUGCAUGUGUACUCGUUUGUUUGCUGGGGUUCUGCAACUGUUCUGCUUGUGAAAUACUAGCUGCAAUUUUCCCUAUUUCCUCUAAACCAAACCCAGCUCUUUUCUGCACCAUUUCAUACUUCUUAUCCCCAAGGUGUGAUUAACUCAAUAUUUUUAAACGAACUGUGAAGCAACGAGCAGCAACUGAGAAAGAGAGACCUAGCAUUUUUGGGGAGGCAGGGAUCAAACUCUCUGUCAUUCUUGGGCUUUAUCCCUGGGUUCAAUGUUUUUAAAUAUUUUGUGAGAAAAAAAAAAUGUAUAUGACAAAGAAAAACUCUUUACCUCAAAUUUGUUAAAAUAUAAAAAACUGCCUCAUGUUCUAUAAAAGGUGUGUUGGUUUCAAGAGGUAUUGUUUAUUUGAUCUUGUUUUUAAGGAGUGUAACCCAACUUUAAGUUGAAGUAAUUUUUCAUGUCCAAUAAAGUAAUAUUUGUUGUAACUUCUGUCUGUUUACAACUCUAAACACUUUUUCCUCUAGUUUCCCUAAUUCAUGUCCAGUCUUCAUCAAAUGGCCUUAAGGUUGAUAAUGACGUUAGUCAACAAAUAAUACAAACCCGAUUCCAAAAAAGUUAGGACACUGUACAAAUUGUGAAUAAAAAAAGAAUGCAUUAAUUUA